AUGUCUACUUCCAUCCACUAUCCAACAUUCCUGGCCCCCGGACAUGGGCUGCGUCUCAGACUCCAUGAGCAGUAUGGUCCCGUAGUCCGUGUUGCUCCCAAUGAAGUGACAUUCGCCCAUCCCGGUGCCUACGCCGAUAUCCUUCUUCCCCGAUCCGAGAACAACCAACAGCAGUUCGUGAAGGAUCCAGUGUGGUGGGGACGCCUGCCCGGCCAUCCAGAUUCGCUGUUCAACGUCAUCAGCCCAGAAAAGCAUGCGCUUAUGCGGCGUACUCUGAGUCCCGGGUUCACGGCACGCGCCCUCCGCCAGCAAGAGCCGUUCAUCCAGAAAUAUGUCAACCUGCUUGUCGCGCAGCUUCAGGAUCUGGUCACGGAAGGUGAGGGCGUGGAAGUAAACAUGACGCCCUGGUUUAACUACACCGCAUUUGACAUCUUUGGGGAUCUGGCCUUCGGCGAGUCCUUUGACUGCCUCCAGCACUCGAGGCACCAUCCCUGGGUCGCUUUGCUAUUUAACAGCAUCAAGGCGGCUGUGGUCGUAAUUUCCACGCGGUAUUAUCCACUAGUCGAAUCCAUCCUGCUGAAGUGUGUACCGCCAUCCAUGCGAGAAAUCCAGCGAGACCGCUAUCAGCAAAUUGUCGACAAGGUGCAGCGGCGGCUGAGCUGGGAAUUGCAGCGUCCUGAUUUGAUGUCUCACCUGAUUGACGAAGGGGGCGCCCUGAGGCUUGACGCUGGUGAAAUCUUCGCAACCUUUAUGAUGUUGACCACGGCCGGGAGUGAGACGACGGCGACAGCCUUGACAGGGAUGUUCAAUUAUCUGGUCAAUCACAGUACCAGUAGUCUCCGACAACUCGAGAAUGAGAUACGCGGUGCCUUUUCGAGUACUGAGGACAUUACACUCGAAGCAGUGCGCAAUCUGCCCUUUCUCAACGCCGUCAUCCAUGAGGGCCUCCGACUGUGUCCACCACUCCCCUGGGUCCUGCCCCGCAUCGUUCCAGAAGGUGGCAGUGUAGUCUGUGGAACAUGGCUUCCAGCUGGGGUAAUGUCUCCUCCUCUUCCGUUGCCGAGCCUCAGACUGACCGGGGUAUCCCAGACACCUGUUUCAAUACAAGCAUACACCCUGAACCGCGACCCCGCUCUCUUCCACAGGUCCACUUCCUUCCUCCCGGAACGCUGGCUACCUUCUUCAGCGUCUGACCCGGACUCCUGCUUUUUCAACGACCAGCGUCAGGCCGUCCGGCCCUUCACCAUCGGGCCACUAGCAUGUCUGGGCCAGCAGCUAGCAUGGGCCGAGAUGCGGCUCAUUCUUGCCAAGUUGGUCUGGACGUUCGACUUCCAGGCAACCAGCGGCGAGUGCGUCAGGUGGGAAGAUCUGCGAACUUAUCUGCUGGUGGAGAGGAAGCCAAUCAACGUGCGCAUCAGCUUACGGAAUGUAACACAGGGUUCAAAGUAA